AUGGCAGCAGUCAGAGACAGCUUCCUUGACCUCGAAAAGCAUCGUCUGCAGCUCGAGGACAAUAUCGCCAAGCUACAGAAGGCACUGCAGCACUGGCGACAAUGGGAUGCGGAGUAUGAGUCCUUGAAAGAGGAGAUCGAAUCCGUCCCUCAGCCUGCCAGCCAGCCAGAUCUCGCGCGCAUCCGCAGGGAUUUCGAGGGCGAGGUCGUCGACAAAAAGGAGAUCAACGACCUCUUUGGUCGCAUUGAUCUCAAGCCUGCCGACCAGAUUGUCAACCUUCUGACGCGUCGCAUCGACUAUGUCUCGAAGAACAUCGAGACCCUCGAGAAACAACUUGAGUCUGCAGAGAAGAAGCAUGCAGCCGCCAGCAUCGUCAGCAACCCGGACGUGCGCGACGAGGAUGGUCUACCUAUAACCGAGAUCAUCGAGGAGCUUGAUGAAGAAGGCAACAUCAUCUCUACUCGUCUCCAGCGACCUGGCGACUCGAGUGGUCAGAUUCGAGAGAUCUUGGAGAAGGCUGGUGUAAAGGACAUUCCCGAAGCCAAGCCUCAAGGAUCAACAACGACAGAGGCCAUCGUUGAGGAUGUCACUGACGAGCCCGCCGAUGUGCCGGUGACUACCCCUUCAACGGAAGAGCAUGCCUCUGUCGUUGAAAGGGUUCAGCCUCAGGAGAAGGUUGACGACACGGUCGCGGUGAAAAAGACCGUCUCGUUUGCAGAAGACACCAAGGCUCCCUCGCAGCCUCAGAUUUCUAGAAACGCUCAGCGCGUCGAAGAGAUCAUGAAGACAGCCAGAGAGCAAGAAGAGAUCAGUCGGCAAGCACCGGUUCUUCCCGAAGAUGAGUCUGAAGAGGAUGCUCUUCUCCGCCGAGAGAUGCUCAAGUAUGGCAUGGAAGAGGUCGGAGCAGUUGUGGCUGAGCUGACACUCGAGGAGGGCUCGGGUGAUGAUGACGAUGACUGGGAGUAUGAGUACUCUGACUUGGACGAGGACGAGGAAGAGGACAAGUAUGGACGGUCCACAACCAGUGUCCUCGACGACGGUUAUCAUCAACGUAUGGUCGAGCUCGAGAAACGUCUGGGUGUCAAGUCUCGCUUUACUGAGGAGGCCGAGGCUCAAGCAAAGGCCGAGGGCUCAGACGAGGACGAUGACAAGCAGGGCAUUGGCCGCAUCGUCAUCAAGCGUGGAGAAGAUGCGAAGGCGGCCUCUGCAUCUAAGCCAUCGCCCUCCCCAGUUGCAUCCAGCCUGAGGACCUCGCCCCCAACAGAGUCCGAUGGCAAAAAGAGUGUUCGCUUCGCUCAGAGUCUCGAUAUCGCGCCCGAGACGUCCACGGCCGCAAGUCCGGCGCCAGCCACUGCACCUCAGCCUCCUGCUGAACCUGUCGUUGAGCCUCUCAGCGAUAUUGUCGAGCGCAGUGGAUCGGCUAAGCAGAUUGAAACCAAGACGAAUCGCAAAGCUUCUCGUUUUAAGAAACAGAGAGCUGUACCGACUGUCGUUGACGAUGAUGCCGUCCCUAAGGGCCCGAUGGAUGUCCCGGUGCGAUUCCUUGACCAGGACAGACCAACGGCGCCCACUGGUCCCGAAGGUCAGACGCUUGCCGACUUGGUUGUCGAGAAGGAAACCAAGCCGGUCGAGGCCGAUCCUUUUGGCGAUGAGUUCAUCGAUCAAGAUGUUGCGGAUGAAUAUCACCGCAAGCGCCGUAACUUCAUCCAGAAGCAAGGUGGCUUCCUGCAGGAAGACACGUCUGUGAUCCGGCCCCUUGACGAAGCCGAUGGUGGCGAGCGCAUCAGCAAGUUCAAGGCUGCUCGUCUUUCCAAGCAGUAA